AUUGAAGACGAUGCGAAUUUCCCAUCGCAUUUCCACAUGGUUGCCGAAGACGCUAUGCGCGAUGCGCCAAGCGGCGAUUCCAAACAAUCGUCUGUACUCAACAGCAAUUCAUCCGAACCUACAUUUCAUGUCUCCACGAACUCAACCCCGACGACACAUUCAGAUGCUGCGGGGCCAAAUCGUCGUGACGACCGAAACAAACACGCAAACGGAAAGUUCAAUGCCAAUGGCCGUCGAAGAGGUCAAGACUUCAAGCGCAAUGGUCCAGGGCGGGGCAAGGAGAGCCGGGGUCCUAUGAGUAAACGCGAGCGCAACGAAAAGGAAUGGCAAGAACGAAAGCGCAGAAGACUAGAAGACAACGGAGAUUCCACGAAACCUAGCGAACCCAGUUACAUGAGUAUCCAAUUCCCCGAGGAAGAGAUUGCCGCCGAAGAGCGCAAACCGAAGCGCAAGGUAGCUGUUAUGAUUGGGUAUGAUGGUACGGGAUACCAUGGUUUACAGAUCAAUCAUAAGGAAAAAACAAUCGAGGGAGAUAUAUUCGCCGCUUUCGUAGCCGCGAAUGCUAUUUCGAAAGCCAAUGCCGAUGACUUGAGAAAGUCAAGCUUUGUACGGUGCGCAAGGACCGACAAGGGCGUCCAUGCCGCGGGGAAUAUGAUAUCAUUAAAACUCAUCAUUCAGGACCCUGACGUCGUAAAGAAGAUCAACGAAAACUUGCCUCCCCAGAUUCGCGUAUGGGGUAUUCAACGGACAAACAACUCCUUCAGUUGCUAUCAAGCUUGCGAUUCAAGGUGGUACGAAUACUUGAUGCCAAGUUAUUGCCUAUUACCUCCCCAUCCCGAAAGCUUCCUAGGAAAGAAUGUUCUUGAGUCCGCUAAAGAGCAUGGUGUCGAAGAAGAAUACGCAAAGCGAUUAGGUGAAGUUAAAGACUAUUGGGAUGAGGUACGAAAGAAUGAUAUUCAGCCAAUCUUGGAUAGCUUGGAUCCCAACGUCCGAGAGACUGUCAUGAGGCGCAUGAAUGCAGUGGUCAGCGAAUCCUACGAUACGAAGCCCACAGAAGAGACCGAGAACCCCGAAUCAUUAAACGAGACGUCAGAAGAUAUCUCAACUGAGACUAAGGAAGAAGUCUCUGUAAGCAAGCCAGAUGCUGAGCCAACAGAAACUUCUAAUCCCGCGCAACAUGAUUCCGUGGAAGAAUUGAACGUCGAGGUAGACACCACUUUUACUCAAACCGAAGGCACGGGAGUCUCAGAGGUGAAUAAGCCUAAAGAGAUACACCCCGUAGACCGUGCUUUGAAGCAACUCAAGGCAGCCUACGUAGCUGCAAAACGACGCUACCGAGUCACCCCAGACCGAAUAUCCCAGCUUCAGCAAGCGCUAGAUCAAUACAAAGGUACCAACAAUUUCCACAACUACACCAUUCGGAAACAACAUUCGGACCCUUCAUCCAAGCGGACCAUUCGAUCCUUCAUCGUCAACCCUCAACCAAUCCAGAUCAACGACACGGAGUGGCUUUCUCUCAAGGUUCACGGGCAGUCCUUCAUGAUGCAUCAAAUCCGCAAGAUGGUCGGCAUGGCCGUCCUUGUUACCCGAUGCGCCACACCCUUCUCCAGGAUCAAAGAGACUUACGAGUCUACCCUAGUCAGCAUCCCCAAGGCGCCGAGUCUUGGUCUGCUCCUAGAAAGACCCGUGUUCGAGACCUAUAACAAGCGUGCCAGGGACCAGUUCGGCCUUGCGGAACUCGACUUCGGAAAUUACGAGAAGGAGAUCCAGGAGUUCAAGGACUCGCAGAUUUACCGCCACAUCUUUGAGUUGGAAGAGAGGGAGAAUUCAUUCCACACGUUCUUCCACCAGAUCGACAACUACAAGCUAGGCUACUUCCUCUGGGUUACGGCCGGAGGUAUCGACGCGGCGGUGACGAGAGUAGGAGGUAUACCCAAGGAGCUAGAAGAUGAGCUAGGAGACGAUGGGGAGGAGGAUCCGGAAGAGUAGGUGCCAUCACUUUCCAUGUAGCUUAGAAUCAGCUCAAGGCAUUAGCAUCUGCGUGUAACAAGAAUACGUUCAUAGCUAAAGCAAAUUUCCAUCGUAAAAGGUCAAUGCUUUGAUUAGUCCACCCAUGUAGUAGGCAUUGAUAUUGAAGGCCAUUAGGUAUCUCGUCAGCCAUCCAAUCUCAACCCAAACAACCGCAGCAUCGUAAACGUGUGACCAAUCCCACGAAAAUCAAUCAGCUUCGAAAGGACGUAUAUCGGGUAACACCAUCCUGUCAUCCUCCCCCUCCCCUCGGCGGUAGGGGUCUUAGUGAUUACGGAUCCCUCUCCUUCACCGAUACGGAUAAUACUGAAAGAGGUAUCUAGGUUACGAUACACGAUCUCCUUCGCGGAAGAAUAAACGGUC